UAGGUGGUUACCCACUUUAUGUUAACCAUUUAACUUCUAAUAUUAUUUGAUUUCUACUCACCUAAACCUUUAAAAUGGAUUUUCCCCAUUUCUGCAGCCCAAAACAUACAUUAUUACGCUUUUUUAACUCUGUGACGCUACAGUACCCAUCGUAUUCUUCUUCACCCCCACUAAAUACUAAUCCCAUCCAUCGGAGGAUUCUGAGCUUGUAUUCGGCAGUGUAUUCAUCAUGGUUCAUCCCAACAAUGUCAGAGUUAUGGAGACUAGAAUUCGGAUCGUGAAGAAAAAGAGGAAAUCAUCAAGUUCUCAUGAGAAAAUAUUGGAUGUUUUGAAGGAACUUAAAGAAAGAAAUGCUGAAAUAAGGAGAGAUGUUGCUGAAAUAAAAAACCAAAUAGUUGAAAGUAGAAAAAUUAUAGACAAUGAUAUGACUGAAAUUAAAAAUGAUUUGAAACAUAUUGGCCAACUUCUUCAGUCAUUUUUUAAUCAAGCUUCUGUAAGCAAGGUCAACACUUUGGGAGAGGAAAAGAAUAAUUAUGUCUCAAAAUGAAGUAGUGAUAGAGGAAAGAUGGUGGUGGUGACUUGUGCGGUGGGAGAUAGGGAAGUAAAUGGCAGAGAUAUGUAUGUUUCUGAAUCUGAGUAAGAGUAUUACUACAAAUACUAUGGGAAAUGCAACUAAAAAAUGAGUAUUAUUAAGCUAAAUGUUUUCAGUAGGUAAUUUUAGUCAACUAGUCAUAAAAGUGGGUGCUUUUUCAAAUUGAUGCAGUAGAUUUUAUUGUCAUUUCUAUAAUUGAAGAGUGGUGGUGCUCUUUUUUC